AUGCGACUUUGGGUGGAUCCUAAGAGCGUUGAAAAGUUAGAAAUAAAUGCAAAAAUUCAUUGUGGCGGGGGAGAAGUCACAGCUGGGACUCACACGGGUGGCUCUAUCUCUAUUAGGGAGCAUUGCAAAAAAUUGGCUGUUGAAAAGGGUCAAGAUCCAACCCCAAGUGAGAUGCAUUUGCACGUCCGUACACAUGGUCAUGAUGGAAAAUCUUUUCUUGAUGAGCGUGCCCAAGCUGUCCAUCUGCGGGAGGAGAAAAGAAGAGAAGAAUGUAUGGUCUUGGAUCUGAAGCGAAAACUUACUAAUCACAUGCUUCCGAUAUUUAUUGAGCAGGAACGUGGAGUCAUUUCUACACCAUCGCAUGAGCCAAAUACUCCUAAUGACAACUCAUCAGCUGUGACACCUAUAGUGCCUCCUCCUCCUACUGCUAAUGUUGACGAGUUUGAUCCUUCACUUUCAGAUGAUGACCGUAGUCUUUCACCCAUGCAUUAG